CAUCGCCUUUUCUUCUUCUUUCCUGCGUUCCUCUCUGGCGUCAGAGGAUCCCUGCUGUCACCGUGCUGGCUCUUCGCCUGGCGCCGCAGCCCAGCGCGAUGACUGUAAGAUGGCACAUUGAACUACAACCAUGGGCAAGUCCAACUCCUUCCCUCAACUAUGAGGCCUUGAGGUUCCUGAAGUACAUUAGCACUUCUCAGAUUUCAUGUGAACACAUGAACCUGAACAGCCUGAGAGGGUACUCUGAAACCGCAAAGAAACCCUGGUCGAUCUGUCUUGACGAGAGGUUUAGCCUCAUUCAUCGAAUCAGAAGCAAGCAGUGCCGUCUCUAUUCCCUUGGGCUAGGCAGCGAUGACAACCAGUUUGAGAUCAACAUGGCUAACAGUGGAUGUGAGGUACAUCGCUUUGACCCCAGCAUCAAGUCAGCACACAUUCAGGAGGGUCGGCACCUCUGGUAUCAUCGCCUGUCCAUUGACUGGAGGGAUCCCAAUCCAGCCAUUGCUGCUCAUAAACUUCACAGCAACACCAAGAAACUGGGCACAAUAUUGAACGAAUUUGGACAUCAGAAG